AUGAAUUCAUUUGAAAAUAUUUUAAAAUUUUAUUCUCGUCUUUUUAAUAUGGAUGAAAAGGAAAUUGAAUUAUUUUUACCAAGAGAUUUACUUUGGCAGACAUUAACACAUAAAACAUAUUUUCAUGGGAAAUAUCCAUAUAAUGAAAAGUUAGCAUUUCAAGGUCGCUUUGUUCUUAAAUUUCAUAUAUCUUUAAAAAUUGUUGAGUCUAUUUCUAUUGACAAAAAUAAUGAUAUUUUUACAUUGGAAAAAAUAGAAGAGUUUAUUAGUCCUGAGACAUUGGGACCUUUGGCAUUAGAAUAUGGCAUUUUAGAAGUUUUACGUUGGAAACCUGCUUAUAAGGAUAUUAUGAAAAGCGGAUUAUUAAAGGUAGCAUCAGAAUCAUUAUGUGCUAUUGUAGGAGCGAUAUUUUUGCAUAGAGGAGGAGCUGUUACAAAAAAAUUUAUUGAAGAAAAGAUUUUUAUAAAGAAUAAUAGAUUGGAGUUUAACAACUAUAAAUAAUUAAAUAUUUAAUCUCCAAAAAAAUGCACUUUCAAAAAGAAAACCAAAAAUAAUACAUUUAAUAACAAAUGUACUCGAAACCGUAAUAAUACAACAAAACGUUUAAUAUAUAUUAAAAGACUUGAAGCAUAAUUUUUCUAAUUGUUUAGAUUAUACUACGUCGUAUCCUUCGCCUUCUUGAGGAUCUUGCUAGCUGAUCUACCUUUGUAAUCAUAUCGCCUAAGCAUUUUUUGCUUACAAGCUUAGGAUCCAUCGGUUCUCCUUCAUACAAGCUUAAAUGGACUUCUUCCGCAAACUCUCUAAGUCGUAAGCUUUGUUGAAGUUGAUAUCUGAUACUCGUAAUAGUUUCUGGAAGAGAAUCAAACGGUAUAUUAAGUUGAAUAAGAAUAUUCUAGUUUUUAUUAAUAAUUUUAUAAAAAAUAAAACAGCAGAACCUUAAGAAGAUUAGAUGUUUCAUUAGAACAAAGUUUAUCUAUUUUAUAAAGUUGUAAACUAUAAUAGAUUUUUUCGGCUUUAGAAAUUGGUUUAUGAGCAUCUGGCAUAUUUUGUGGAGUAAUUGGUCUUGUAUGAUGUUCAUGUGAUACAUUAGGAAUAAUUGAUCUUAAUCUUUCAAUCUCUUGUUCUGCUUUUUCGAGCUGCAUUUUAAGAUCAUAAAUCUAAACAACUAAGAUAACAAAGAAAAAGUUGUAUUCUUACCUUUUCAUUAGAUAAAGUUUCAUUAUCAGUACGAGGUGUUUGAGUUACAGGGAAGUUUUCAGAUAUUUCUUUUUGUUUAUCUGAAACAGAUGGUAUUUUUUGCCGAGGACUAUUAAGUUAUAAAUACUAUAUUAUUUAUUAAGAAAAAUACCUCUGUAUAUUUGCCGGAAUAUUUAAAUCAUGUAAUGGUUCUUUUCUAUCGCAAGUAUUUGCAUUCUGAGAAAAACAAAAAGGUUUUGUGCUAAAUACUAUUAAUAUAGCAAAUAUAAAAGUUAUAAAAACCUUUGUAUUGGAGAAAAUUGAGGAGAAAGAUGCGUUUUCCAACGCAUCAUUUUUUCUUUUAAUGAUUCCUCAUUUCCUGCUUUUGGUGUAGACGGAUAGUAUUUUUGAAUAUUUUGUGGGUUUAUUUUCAAUGCUUCAAUUAAAUCAUGACAAAUUGUUUUUAAAUCAGCAAUUUCUAAUCUAGCAGCGUCAAGAUCUUUUUCUACAAAAAGAGCAUGUUUUUUGGUCUCAUCAAAAGAUAUUUUUAAAGCAUUUUCAUCAUUUUGAUUUUUAGUUUCUGAUUUUAAAGCAGAAAAUUCAUCAAUUAACUUAUCUAUCAUAUUUCCCCUGCGAUCAUAUUCACUUGCUAGUUGUUUAAGAGAAUUUUGAAUG